GUUUCAAAAAAAAAAAAACCCAACCCAAAAGCACGAAUUUUCCUCGUGUUCUUCUCCGGUUCUCCCCACCGAAAAGCACGAGCAGCACACCGGCAACGGCAAAGAAAGCGACACGACACCCACACGAGCGGGCGCUGAGCAACCUGUCGAGGAGGAGACCAUGCCGGACGGCGGCGAGGUGCUGUUCCUGGACGGCGUCGGGGAGGUCGUCGUCUCCAUUGGCCGCAGCGGCCUCUCUCUACAGCAUCUGCAUCCGGAACUGGUCUCUUCAUGUUGGUCGUCUAUUACACUGCAGCCUAAAUUGGACAACAAAAUCAAGUUUUCAGAUGUUUACGCUGUAGAGCUGCUCGAUAAGGGUCCUAUCUGUGGGCCUUGGAAUACAAGAACUGUUAUUCAAGGCAAGAAAAAUAUUGAGGUUAUGGCAUUCCUUCUGGUUAAUACAAGCUUCACUUUCUGCAACAUGCAUCAAACAUUUCUGCCAACCAAUAUUAGAUAGAUGCACCGAUUUGUUGUACAUGGGGGGAUUACCAGAACAAGAAAAUGUCCUUCUCCAUGGGUACCUUGUGAAUAUAUUUUUGGUCACAAAGACUUGAAGACCUGCAAAAAUUGGUUCGAGCGUCUCAUGGCAUGCAUAAACAAUGAAGGCGAUAGACCAAAGAACCUGAUGGUAUUUGUUCAUCCAUUAUGUGGAAAAGGUAGAGGGGUCAAGAAUUGGGAAACAGUAGCCCCAUUAUUUGGUAGAGCGAAAAUAAAAACAAAGGUGAUAGUGACAGAUAGAGCAGGGCAUGCAUACGACACGUUAGUAUCAUUAUCAGAUAUAGAACUCAAGGCACUUGAUGGUGUUGUUGCAGUGGGUGGUGAUGGUCUAUUUAAUGAAAUUCUGAAUGGGAUACUUAGUUCAAGGUACAAGGCUUCUUAUCCUCCAACUCCCGAGGGCUUUGGAUAUUUUGGGAGCAAUGACAAUGAGAACUGUGAAGAACAAACAAGGAAUGGGCUAAACUGUAGUAUGCAGACACCAGAUUCUGUGGAUACCACGUUUCCUGGGAAUUCAACUAAAUGUGAUGACCAUGAACCUCUUCUUUCAACUUCACAACCUACAGGACUAGAGAUACCAUCAUUAAAACAGGAUCAUCUAGUCUCCUUCCCAAAUGACUGGUUCAGACUUGGUAUAAUUCCUUCUGGCUCAACUGAUGCUAUUGUUCUCAGCACAACUGGGGAGCGAGAUCCUGUGACUUCUGCUCUGCUUAUUAUUCUCGGCAGAAGGAUGUCACUUGAUAUAGCUCAAGUAGUCAGAUGGAAAAGUAGCCCAACAGCUGAGGUCUUGCCUACUGUACGCUAUGCUGCUUCAUUUGCAGGAUAUGGGUUUUAUGGAGAAGUUAUCAGGGAGAGCGAAAACUACCGGUGGAUGGGUCCUGCACGUUAUGACAUUUCUGGAACAAUGGUCUUUCUGAAGCAUAGGUCGUACGAGGCAAAGGUUGCUUUUCUUGAGACUCCAGACACUAAUCCACUUGCAGCAUCAGCAGAGGAUUAUGUAACUGGAGCACAACCACUACAAUCUCAUCAGAGAAGACCUCAUAGAAUAAUCUGCCGAACAAAUUGCUUUGUAUGCAAAGAGGCUUCAACACCUGGACAAAAUUCAGAAGAUGAGGUUGCAGACAGCUCCAGAACAAUAUGCGAGAACCCAAAGUGGGUCUGGUCCAAAGGAUGUUUCCUCAGCGUUGGUGCAGCUGUCAUUUCAUGCCGUAAUGAAAGAGCCCCUGACGGCCUGGUAGCUGAUGCACACCUCUCGGAUGGUUUUCUUCAUCUUCUGCUCAUCAGAGACUGCCCUCCUCUCCUUUACUUAUGGCAUCUAACACAGUUUACCAAGAAGGGUUCAGACCCUUUGAGCUUCAAGUUUGUGGAGCAUCACAAGACACCAGCAUUCACAUUUAUCUCAUCACAUGAUGAAAGUGUCUGGAACUUGGAUGGAGAGAUUUUUCAGGCGUGUGAGGUAUCUGUCCAAGCUUGCCGGGGCCUUGUCAACCUCUUUGCUUCAGGACCAGAGGUGUAGUGCUAGUAAUGCCAUAAGUUCCUCGCUUGUUGCACGAGGGAAGAUCUGCCAAGAGUCCAUAUUUUGCAGACAGGUCCUUAUUUAGCUCUUGCAUGUACAUAUGUGUCUCUUAGUAAAGAACUAGAAUUCUUUGUCCAUAGAUAUACUUGUGGCUUGGAAACAGCCCCAUGUUUGCCAACAAUAUUGAUUGAAUUAAUGAAGAGAAGCUUCUUCCUCUUUUUUAACGAGAAAA